UAUUUGGAUUGUUUAUGGGCUCAGAUCAAUAAACUUCGUUCAGAUAAAUGGGUGGAACAUCAUAUUUUGCGCCCUUACUUAGCAUUUGACGGAGUUUUGUGUGAAGCCCUUCAACACAGCAUCCCGUCUAUGCUGCCACCACCUCACCAAGAUGGUUGUUCAUAUCCCUUUCCAUCAGUUGUGUUUCGGUUGUUUGACUAUACUGAUUGUCCUGAGGGACCAGUAUUGCCUGGUGCUCAUUCUAUUGAACGGUUUUUGAUUGAAGAACAAAUUAGGCGCAUAGUGGAGCAGCAGUACUUGUGUCGUAAAGAAUGUGCUGCUAUUCUUCUCAGCUACCCUGGAAAACACAAAAUACCACUGGAAUAUGUGAUUGUUGAGGUUAUAUUGGCUGAGUUCUUUAAACUUCCUGUAUCUACUUAUAAAGAAAUUUGUUUAGGCUCUCUUUUCUUAGAAUUGUGUAAAUUGCAGCCAAGCACUAUGCCACAAGUUUUAGCGCAAGCAGUUGAACUGAUGUAUGAGAGAUUAGAUACGAUGAACAUUGAUUGUAUUAAUAGGUUUUCAAGUUGGUUUGCUUAUCACUUAAGUAAUUUUCAAUUUCGAUGGAACUGGGAUGACUGGAAUGAUUGCAUAAGUUUAGAUCCCCUGCAUCCUAGACCAGUAUUUGUUCGAGAAACUCUUCAUAAAUGCUUGAGGUUGUCAUAUUAUCAAAGGAUUGUAGACUUAUUGCCUGAAAAUUUUGUUAAUUUAUUACCUUUGAAACCUGUUACUGUCUACAAGUAUGCUCAAGAAGGAGCAGAAGUCUUGCCUGGAACUGUCGCAGCACAGCAACUGACAGCAGCUUUUAAAGAGAAAUGCACUGCUGAAGAAGCUUUGUUGCUUAUCAAAGAUUUACCCAAUCCUCUUCAAGAAGAUGAUGUGGAGCCCACUCAUAACCCAUUAAAAAUUGAUGUCUUUGUUCAGACUCUGCUGAAUUUUGCUGAUAAAUCUUUUUCUCAUGCAUUUGCUGCUAUAGCAAAGUACCAUACUGUGUUCAAAGUUUUAUCAACUUCAGAAGAAGCACAGAUCUGCAUCUUGAGGAGCAUGUUUGAGUUGUGGCAUUGUCACCAGCAUAUGAUGGUUGGCUUAGUAACAAAGUUUUUAAAAGCAAAAAUUGUUGAAUGCUCUGCUGUAGCAAACUGGUUAUUUUCUAAAGAAAUGUCAACUGAGUUUCCAAAGUCUUACAUUUGGGAAAUACUGCAUUUAACUAUUCGUAAAAUGAUACGAUAUGUAACUAACAUUCAGAAGCAAGUGAAUGAUGCAAAGAAAAAACUUCAGAAGGAUGAAAGUAUGGAAGAUGAUGAUGAUGAUGAAGAUGAUUCAAACCAUGUUCGUCCUUCAGAAGAAAUGAUUGAAGAAAUGGAAGAGAAACUAGAUACUGCACAGAGUGAAUUAAAAAAUCUCUUUCUUAUUAUAUUUCAGAGAUUUAUUAUGCUGUUAACAGAACACAUAGCUCGAUGUGAAGCUGAUGGUAUAGACUUUAAUAAUUAUUGGUUUAAAUCUACUUUAGGAAGGUUGCAAGAAGUAUUUUUUCAACAUCAUGAACAAGUAUUCAAAUAUGUGGAUACCCUUGAAAGUCUUCUGUUCACAAGUGAUAUUGAUCAUCAUAUAUUGUCAGUAUUUACACAGUUUUCUGCCCUUAAAGCAUAAGUGUCUGAUGUGAUUUAUGAGAAAACAUUUCUGUACAUCAAAUCAAUCUCUAUCAUUACAUAAACUAUUUUUCAUGAA